AAUUGCACUAGUUGAUUCAUCGCUCAAGCAUAAACAACACUGCAUACCGAACAUCGGCAGCUUAGAAACUGGUGAAACUACAUGUCUAGUAACUAUCUAAGACAAACCACAGUAAAAUGUCAAAAGGUUAUGAUACAGGCAACCUGCUUUGGGACCUUGCUGUAAUACAGGCCAAUGAUAAAACAAAUGAGAACACUGUCAGUGAUGAUUCUGCUGUAUUUGUGAUCGGGGGGAAAGGAGCGGGGAAAACAUCCAUUAUUCUACGUUUCCUUGACAGAGAUGAGGCAUCCAAGCCUACAGUGGCUUUAGAAUACACAUUUGGUCGUAAAGCCAAGGGACAUAAUAUAGCUAAAGAUGUGGGUCACAUAUGGGAGUUGGGAGGAGGGACCUGGCUUACCAAACUUAUGGAUGUACCACUCAACCCGGACACCAUCACACACACAGCCUUGGCUAUAGUGGUUGACCUGUCCAAACCUAACGAGAUCUGGUUCACACUAGAAUCCUUGCUAGCAGCUGCCAAGUCUAGAAUAGAAACCAUUAUAGCAGAGAUGAAGCCAGACUUCCCCAACAUCAAGGAAGAGUUGAAGAAGGCAGCCUGGAAACGAGUCGGGGAGGAUCACAUGGACAGCACAAUGAUGGACCCGUUUUUAAUACCACUCAUUAUAAUAGGUGGUAAAUAUGAUAUUUUCCAGGAUUUUGACUCUGAAAAGCGAAAAGUAAUCUGUAAAACGUUGAGAUUUAUAGCACAUAUCCAUGGGGCAUCAUUACAGUUUUUCAGUAUCAAACAGGAACAGCAGGUGAAUAAGAUGAGAGCACUGAUCAGUCAUCACCUGUUUGAAACAUCGUUAAGUAAGACGUUACAAACGGAACACAACAAACCUAUACAGGUGGCAGCAGGACACGACUCUCUACAACAAAUAGGUACUCCUCCAUUGUCUGAUAAAGAUGUUGGUAGAAUCAAUGCAAAGAACCCGAUGCAGCUUUGGAAGCAUGCCUACAUUGCUAAGUUUCCACAGGAGGCAUCAGAGGAUGUGACCAAUCCUGCAAUGGUCGAUGACCCAGCUAAGGAUCCUCAGUACAAGGAAGCAGCUAUUGACUCUCUGAGGGCGCAGAAAGACGAGGAGUUGGAGCGGUACAGGAGAAUGUCAGAAAGGAAGGCCAAGAGUGCAAAGAAAUACGGAGAAACUUUUGCAUCAUAGUUUCAUUAGGUUUACUUAAAAAAAUGACGUGUAUGGAAGUGCUGGACAUUAACAGGUUCCUGACAGAUGGAGUUUUAAAACUGACAACUCUGCUUCUAGCUCUUCUUAUUCAACCUGAGAGGAAAGAUUGGGGGGGGGGGGGGGGG